UCAUUUGGUUUUGUGUGUGCGUGCGUAGACAACAAACGCAAGAUGGAUGAGAGCGAUGCGUGGAACGUGGCUAAGAUCAAGCGCUCCGUGCAGAAGACGUCCGACCUCAUCGUGCUGGGGCUGCCGUGGAAGUGCAAUGAGCAGGACCUGAGGGAUUACUUUACAGAGGUUGGGGACGUGCUCAUGGUUCAGGUUAAACGUGAUGCCAAGUCUGGAACUUCGAAGGGGUUUGGUUUUGUCCGCUUCAGUGAGUUCGAGAGUCAGUUGAAGGCCAUCUCGCAGCGGCACUUGAUUGGUGGCCGCUGGUGCGAUGUCAAGCUGCCCAAUACCAAGGUACGUGGGAGUGCGCGUGCUUAUUUAGCAGAGCUAGGUGGAAAAGGUGUGUGGAUUUGGUGGAAUCAUGUCUGCAGUUAA